AUGCAGCGUGCACCAUUCUCUCCGCCUCAAAAGUCCCCCGAACUAUUUCACCCUCGACCGCAGCACAUCUCACAAGUCCCUAAUCUGCGAUCACCACCGCCUCCCGUUCCCCAGCAGAGCUCGCAACAAGCCCAAGUGAAUAGCUAUGGAAACCCAUACCAGUCACCACCUGCUGGCGGUGGAGGGGCCGGGUUUGCCCCGGGCUUCAAUUUCAUAAACGAUCCGGCUGCGCAGAUGGGAUUCCAGGUCGGACAAACGGCGAUGAAGGCCGGACAAGAGUAUAUGGAACAAAACUUGAACCGCUACAUCUCGGUGUCGGCUCUAAAGCACUAUUUCAACGUCUCCAACUUUUACGUGGUGCGGAAACUGCUGCUAGUUCUGUUUCCCUGGCGGCACAAACCCUGGACCCGACAGCAAGCUCGGAUGACGACCUCCUCGACCGGCGCAGACGGGACCAUGACCCAAUCAUCCUACUCGUUCAACUAUCUCCCUCCACGCGAUGAUCUCAACUCUCCAGACAUGUAUAUCCCCAUUAUGGCUCUGAUAACGUAUAUCCUCCUCUCCACCGUCCUGGCAGGAAUCAGAGGAUCCUUCCACCCCGAACUGCUGGGCAGCAUAACCAGUACUGCAAUCGCGGUGGUUGUCUUUGAGAUCAUUGUGCUCAAACUCGCCAUGUACAUGCUGAGCAUCACCAAUGACUCUCAGCUACUUGAUCUGGUCGCCUACUCAGGCUACAAGUUUGUGGGUGUGAUAGUCACACUAUUCUUCAGCGAAAUCCUGACCGGAGGCAAUGGGACGAACAACUGGGUAGGCUGGACAUUGUUUUUGUAUACGUGGUAUGCAAACGCUUUCUUCCUGCUCCGGUCCCUCAAAUAUGUUCUUCUACCAGACAGCUCUUCAGAUCCCGGGGCCAUGCGCGGUGGGAAUUCGUACACGAUAGCCCGUGCACAGAAGAAUCGCCGGACAUAUUUCCUCGCGUUAUACGCAUUUUUCAUCCAGAUGCUGUUUAUGUGGAUCCUCAGUCGUGAGGAGGCCGCCGUCAAGACGGUUGCAAACAAGAUCAGUGGGCCGAAAACUUAG